CUGUCGGCUUUCUUUAGAUGAAACCGCAUUUGAUCUCAUGUGGCUGGGACCUGCGUUUCUAUUGACCUGCGUCUUGCUUCCGUCGCCUGCAUCGUCCCUGACGUCGCGGAAGAGUCACCUGAAACAAUCCGCAUGCACGUUGCUCAACAUAGUACAUUCAUAUUAGAGACGCCAAAAAGUUUUCCUCUGUUGUCCAGGGUUAAGCCAGUCAGCAGCUAGCUUUCCCUCCCAGAGAGCCUCUUCCCACUGCAAGAGCACCUACGUAAGCGAGGUUGGCACGGGUACAGAGUUGAUCGUGCAAAGGCGAAACAAUCCUUGUUGAAACGAAGUCACGAAAGGACGAAUCCAAGCUGUCGGGUCCAAUAUGCAGAACGUCAAUCCUACGAUUAUCAACGCCGCAGAUCUACCAAGGCGUGAGUCUGUUACAAAGACGACGGCUCCAUCUCGCAAAGCAGAUGUGUUUGAUGGCACAAUCUUCGCGAGUAGCAAUCUUGCGACGCGACCUUGGGAGGACGACCCGUUUUCUACAUAUCUCGAUAAGUCAAACAGUGAAACAGAGAGCGUAGGGGAACUUGAAGAUGAUUCGGAAGAGCCGAUUGAUGAGCAGGAAAUCUAUGACCUAAUAUCUACCAUAUCUGAUCCUGAACACCCAAUAUCUCUCGGCGAACUUGCUGUAGUAUCACUUCCAGACAUUUCCAUUACCCCAGCACUUCCCAGUGACCCUUCGUCACCCCUUAAGAAAGUUACCGUACUAGUUACGCCCACCAUCACACAUUGCAGUCUGGCCACUGUGAUUGGGCUUGGGGUGCGUGUGAGACUUGAACAGAGCUUGCCAUCACGGUUUAGAGUUGAUGUGCGGAUCAAAGAGGGUACGCAUAGCACCGCCGAGGAAGUGAAUAAGCAGCUAGCGGAUAAGGAGAGAGUUGCAGCCGCUGCGGAGAAUUCAACGCUAAUGAGCGUGAUCGAAAAAAUGUUGGAGACUUGCAAAUAA